AUGUCGUAUUUGGCUAUUGGUGCUAGAACUGAUUGUCACCACAUCGUUGAAAAAUUCGCACGAUUAAAUACAUUACGAUAUCACGAUUUCGCGGAGAUAUGGCGCCAACUCAAAUUCCCCUACAUUUAUUUCGGUCACCACUGUCUGGAAGAACUGAUAGAAUUUACGGAAGAAGUGUUACGUAUAGCAAAAGAAAAGUGGUUGAAGAGCGAAGCAUUAAAUGAACAAACCGGAGGACUUUAUACAUUGUAUGGACUGUAUUUAAAGCAACCUACAGAUGGUCUGGUGAAAGUGCGUAUUACCCCUAAAGACUAUGAACUGGUAGAGAAGUUUCAUGAACAAAUUAAAGUGGGUGGGCAUCAUGAUGCUAAUUAUAUAUUAGCUAGAAUGCAUAUUAUUGGAGCCUUUCGAUUUUGUAUUUCUGAAUAUCCGUAUGGCGUGGAGAAAUCCUACCGCGCCUACCAUGAGGAUGACAGGAGUUUAUGGGAAAUAAAAGAUGAACCUCUCUACAUAAAAAGGCUGCAGAAUGAUGAUAUCUUCAAUAAAUUAGAGGAUGCAUUCAAACAGUACCAUAAAUCAAAAUGUGAACUAGACUCGGAACCAUCAGAGAAUCCUCCAUCCCUUCUUUCUUAUGUUGAUUCAUUGUUUGGUCAGAAAUUAAAACAGCAGUUUAGAACAAUUACACAGGUUAAUGAUGAUGAUGAUGAUGAUGGCGAUGGUGGUCACAGUGAUAAUGAUUCUUCACGUGCUUGGAAUUCACCAGUAGCAAAUGCAUCAACUAGCGACUCAAAAAUUAAACUACCAUGGUGGAUGUUGCCAAUAACGAGACCUCAUAUGAAGAAAUUAAGUGACAGUGAAAGUGACUCAGAUUGUGAGGAUAAUUCUGAAAAUGAUAACAGCAAGCUAACCUCAUCUAAAAACAGUCGUGAAGCAUUAAAUGUUGCCUUGGGGAUGUCUGGAGAUGAAGAGGAUGACAUCAAUGAUUAUGAAAAUAGACAGACAGGAAAUAUUUAUGAAUUCACGUGA